CUUCGAUGACACCUUGUACUUUAGGAUGAAGACCUCUGGUGUCAGCGGCUCCCCUUCUAGCAGGUAUUGGGAAGGAUAUUUCAAAACUCCUUAGACAUGUUCAGUACAUUAUGUCAGCUGUCAAUGACACCGAAUUCAGCUCUGCAGUGUUCCUUCUCACCGGGAUACCUGGGCAGGAAGACGUCCAUCUCUGGAUCUCUAUCCCCUUCUGCUUAGUGUAUAUUAUUUCAAUAGUAGGAAAUUCAGUCAUUCUGUUCAUUAUAAAAACAGACUUGAGCCUCCAUGUGCCCAUGUACAUUUUCCUUUACAUGUUGGCCGUCACAGACCUUGCCUUAUCGAUAACCACCAUGCCUACAACACUGGCUAUAUUCUUGUUUAACUCUAGGGAGAUCAGUCUGGAUGCUUGUUUUGCCCAAUUGUUCUUCAUUCACUCACUUUCAUUCAUUGAAUCAUCGGUACUCCUGUUGAUGGCCUUUGAUCGAUUCGUUGCUAUCUGUAACCCACUGAGAUAUGCUUCUAUCUUAACCCUGCCGAGAAUUGGAAAGAUGGGACUGGUGUUUUUGCUAAGAGGGGUGUCUUUAAUUAUACCACUCCCCUUUCUUCUUAAACGGUACCAAUAUUGUCGAGACAAUGUCCUCUCCCAUUGCUACUGCCUGCACCAGGACGUUAUUAAGACAGCUUGUUCAGACAUCACAGUCAACUAUAUCUAUGGCUUCUUUCUUACAGUCACCGUGGUGGGGUUGGAUUCACUGUUCAUCUUCCUCUCAUAUGUGAUGAUCCUCAAAACAGUGGUGAAAGUUGCAUCCCACAGGGAGUGCCUUAGGGCCCUGAACACAUGUGUCUCCCACCUCUGUGCUGUCCUGUUCUUCUACACGCCACGGAUUGGCUUGGGUGUGAUACACAGAUUUGUGAAGGACUCUCCUCCGUUGCUCAACCUUCUCCUGGGCUACAUCUCUGUGUUUGUCCCGCCACUUGUGAACCCAAUUGUGUACAGUGUAAAAAGCAAACACCUUCGAGCGAGGAUAAUCAGGGUGUUCUUCAAGUGAAGGGUCAGUUCAUCACUUGGCUCCAGCCCCAGUGACAUGGGAGAUGAAAAACACGGGCCACAACCAUCCAUUCUAUUCAGGACCUUACAUCCGAGAUGACAUGAUCUACUGAACUCCACUCUGUAAAGAGAGGUUCAGACCGGGUAUAAGGCCUGGAAGAAUGGGAGAGGGGCUGGUGAGGGAGGCUAGAACACUGGGGGAAGGAGA